AUGGGAACACGGCAAUGGAAUCCCUCCACAGAUAUGCCAGAUCUGAACGGCAAAGUCGCUGUCGUGACUGGCGGCAGCUCGGGAAUUGGCCUCGAGACAGUUAGGUUCCUGGCUCUCAAGGGAGCAAAAGUGUACUUGACCACACGAAGCGAAGCGAGAGCACGACAAGCAAUAGACAAACUCACCGAAGACACCGGUAUCAAUGCUAGAAAUGUUCAACAUUUGGUCAUGGAUCUGUAUGAUCCCGUCAGCAUCACUCAUGCUGUCGAAGACCUGAAGCGGAAAGAGACCAAACUGCAUAUUCUGAUCAACAAUGCAGCCGCAUCGACGUCCUCUACUAUGUUAGUUGACGGUAAAUACGAACAACACAUGGUUGCCAACCACAUGGGACCUUUUAUCCUAACCAACCGUCUUCUACCCCUUCUCAAAGCCGCCGCCAAGAAUCCAGAUGCUGACGUCAGGGUCAUAAACCUCAGCUCCACGGCGAUGAACAGCAUGCUCCCAGCUAGCUUCAAGUUCAGCUUCGACUCCCCCACAUGCUUCAAGGAACCAGUUGCGUCAUACCCUUGGCAAUGGCGAUACUUAGGAAGAUUCAUGUUUGGCUUCGACAUGAUUCGAUACGCUGUGUCCAAGACAGCCGUGGUGCUGUUCACACAAGAGCUCCAGGCAAGACUUGAGCAACAGAAUCUGCCUAUUACUUGCGUAGCUGUACAUCCUGGGAAGGUACUCACAGAGGGUGUCCUGUCUAUCAAUAACUUUGUUGUCCGGGCUAUAGCUCGGGCGUCUUUUUUGAGUGCUGAGCAGGGUGCUGCCAAUUCUUUGUUCGCAGCGACGGCGGAGGAUGCUCUGGAGUUCAAGGGGAAGUUUAUAGUCCCGUUGGGAAAGUUGGAGGAGCCUAAUCCUGUAACCAAAGAUGAUCACCAGGUGAAGGGACUCUGGGAGAACACAGUGGUUGAGGUGAAUAAGUGGCUCGCGGAGAAGAAGCUUGCUCUGAUGGAGGCUUGGUAA